GUGGGUCUCCGCGGGGUGCCCCUGGUAUCGAGUCAUCCUGUUUCCCUGCUCCUUGUCAGCAUCCUGAUUAGCCCCGGACAAAGCACAUCAGACGGAAUAACAUUGCCACUUUCAAGUCAAGGAGAGUCUUAUUCUCUCCUGACGUGAACCAACUUCGAGCGUCUUCGAUGAAUUAUGACCAUCGUUUUCCCGCGGACCUCACUUUCGCCUAUAAUUGACACCAGCGGCAAAUCUGGAAACUGAAAGGUAUGGGUUAUGUAAAUCAUAACCUACUCCAUAAACAUUGUGUGACUUCUAUCGCAGCUUUAAGACAUGGACAUGGCCUACUGUGAUCUAAUAUUUUCCACAUCGGGCCGCCGUGUCCCACCGGCCAGCGUUUCUACAGACACAUCCUCGUUACAAAUUUGGCAUCUGAGACAGACAACCCAGUGGCAAUCAGCUGUUUACUGUCAUUUUCCCACAUCGUGAUGCAAGCCCUGCGGCAGCAGCAGUUAGAGAGAAAAAAAACCAGAUUAUCAAACUGAAUUUUUGCUAAUGUAACACUCGACCAGACUGUUUUUUAAUUACCUGACGGAACACGCUCGUGUAUACACACGGCAGCGGGUUAUCACAAUCAAAUGCAGCCAUUAACGUUCCAUCGCCUAAGUACAUGCCUCACGAAGGCGAUUUCUGACGUGCUAGCAUACCGCUCUGGAUAGAGAACUCCGACUGUAGAGUGCGGUGCUUGGCACGGAGUGACGGCCAUGUUUUCGUCUCUCGCAAAUCGUCCGAACUGAGGCGUAAGGUGUUGAGACAAUCACGUAGAAACUUCAGAAAGAUUGGCAUAUCUGCAUGAGAAACCACUGGCAACAGGUUUUUUGCGAGCUCAAUUUUGCGCAGCUUAUUGGAAGAGACCCGAAUUAAACGUGCGGAUGGAGCACCGCUGUGCACAGCCUCCGAUACUAGGAGCACAGAGCGGGUCUUGACCGUUAGCUUGUGGGACUCAACCAGGGAGACGAACGUGCGUUUGGGUACGAUCAAGCCUUGUGGAAUGUAUGGUCUUCGGCCACACCGAAAAUGUGUACAGGCAGUGUCUUGAAUCGCCCCAAUCAACCAAUGUAGUCUCAGUGGAAUUCCCGGAAGCCCUAUUUCCACGACAGGUGCUAUGCAACAGGUGGAAUAGAAGGGAAAGGAUAUUCCAGCGUACCACGUGUCUGCAUCGGGUACUGAACGAAGGCGCCCAGUUACACGAUCUCCGCCCCGGUGUCUAAGACCCCACGGCAAUCAUAGAGCAUCAGAGAUGAUGGACCGCCACCGUCUUUCUCAAUUAGAAUCCCUCGUGUGAUUCGCAAGUUUAAAUUCCGUCGGUGGCUGGCAAGUGGGCAAGCUAUGGUUUACCUGGUGUGUCGUGGUUUAAGAUGACUGUGAGCUUGGCCACGUUACCAGAGGAGUUGUCUUCGCCGCCGACGCAGGAGCCAACUACCGCCGUGCCGUUCAUGUACAGUGAGCUGUGGAAUGACUACAAUGCCUCAAUGAGCGAGUCAGAGCCGCUAGCCCCCGGGGACCCCAACGUGGCGGCCGGCAUCGCCUUGGCCAUCAUCUCGCUGCUGACCGUCUUCGGGAACAUCCUAGUCAUCGCUGCCGUCACCUCAUGGAGGAAGCUGCGGCACAAGAUCACCAGCUGGUUCGUGGUGUCGCUGGCGCUCUCGGACGUCCUGGUGGGCUUCCUGGUCAUGUCGUGGAACGCGGCGUCCUUCACCAUCGGUUACUGGCCGUUCGGCAAGUUCUGCACCGUGCACCAGGCGCUGGACAUCAUGAUGUCCACGGCGUCCAUCCUGAACCUGUGCGUUAUUGCGCUGGACCGCUUCUGGGCCGUCACGCAGCCCUUCGACUACCAGAGCAAGAUGACGCGGAAGCGAGCCCUGAUGAUGAUAGCGUGCGUGUGGAUCGUGUCAUGCGUCUUGUCCUUCGUGCCUGUCCUCGCUGGAGUUCACACCGUGGACGGCAUCCAAGACUCCAUAACGGCCAACCCGCCCACCUGUGCUUUUAUCCUUAACGGAAUAUACGCCGUCUUGUCCUCGUGCAUUAGUUUCUAUGUUCCUUCCAUCGUGAUGAUUAUAACAUACCUGUUGAUAUACCGCGAAGCCCGGCGACAGGAGCAGAUUAUACGCAGUCAAAACAGGGUGCUUGAUAACAAUCAGAAAGGAGAGCAUAAGGCUGCCAAGACGCUGGGCGCCAUCUUGGGCGUCUUCGUUUUCUGCUGGCUACCUUUCUUUGUGGUCAACUGUAUUCUUCCUUUCUGUUCGCAUUGCAUUAACGAUGCCGUGUUCACCAUCGUGCUGUGGCUGGGUUGGGUCAACAGCUCCUUGAACCCGCUCAUCUACGCCACCAAUCGCGAGUUCCGCACGGCCUUCAAGCGCUUGCUCUGCAAGAAGCAGUUCUUACGGGACCGGACCAUGGAGUACAGCACCACGGUGACGCUGCUCAUGCACAUGGGCAACGGCAAGGUGGACUCCAAUAAGAACGAGCGCAAGAAGAAGGCGAAGGCGGGCACCAGCAGCCGGCAGUCGGCGCCGGCCCAUACGCUAACCGCCAUCACGGAGUUCGUCACGGAGGAGUCGCUGAAGGAGGAAUGCGAAGGGGAGACGGAGGGACCUUACCCGGAGCACAACAUCAGGCCCCGGCUCGCGAAAUACCAAUCGGACACGGAGGAGAACCUCACACCGCAGAGUGGAAAUGAUUUGCUGGAAGCGGAAAGUGGCUUGAGAGGAGACUACUAAGGCUGAAUGGUUCCCCCCGUAACGUGCAUACACCUUCCCUGGGCUGAGAUCGCCGUUGAGAGAAACGCAGUACUCGUGCAUACUUGACUAGGGAACUUCUCCUAGACCGUGCAGACGCAUACCACAGCAGGGUAAUUCAAGCACGGGGUCAAACUGAGUUCUUAACGUCGAAAUUACUUCCUUUGCCUGUGUGUUAGAUUUGAUCAUCCUUGAGGUAGCUUUUAGAUUCAGAUUGAAAAUGUUUUUAUAUUUACCAUGCUCCGAGCAGUGCAAUUUAUCGUGUUUACAUUUUCUGUUUAUCUUAUUUCUGAAAAGUUGACGUAUCGCCUACACGUCUGUUUUAACAUGCUGCACACGUGUGCACAGUGGGACUGUACAUAAAUUUUUUAUUAUGGCAAAUAAAAACUUGAACAUUCCAAAGAGCUUGCACAGAGCUGAAAAAUAUUCUUAUCUGUUGAACAGUUUGUUUAUCUGAUAGUUUGCGUGUAAUGCACCAAUACACUCAAAGGCCAAUCAUAUCUGCCUGAAAAUGCUGUCCCUGUUCAAGAGAUAACCAAUAGGAGCGACUCUUAUUAAUGGGUUAAAGUCCGCCACCAAGGGUUACCAUGGUGCUCCCUUGUUUAAGUAUUAAAUUGGGCAAUCGCAAGAUUUGUUCAGAUAAGCGCGAUUAACUCAGAAUUUGUAUGGAUUGCAGUCAGUUAAUUUACGAGGCUUCAAGUAAUGUUGUUGGAAGAGUGAGGUUAUUAAAAACGUUCAACUUGUUGAUCAUACCGUUGAAAAGGUGCCCUUUCCAAGCAAACGCUUGGUGGCGGGCUUACUGUGGAUCCCUCCCAUUGGAGGCGCUGUCCCUUAAGAGAGAGGUGGCUGGGUGUGUUUUCAAACGAACUUGUCCUGGCGCGCGUACAGGCUUGCUUUCGUUCUUCGUUGGUUUAUUCAUGUGUGCCAGGGUGCUCAGAGUCGUUUUUGUCGGUUUUUUUUUUAUAAAUGAACUCCGCUAGAACUGUAAUUCAAAGCUUCCGUCAUUGACAAAAAGGACUUGAUGUGAACCAUACCGUGACUCAUGUAUCAAUUUGUUUUUGACAUUUUCCUUUGAGGAUAAAUUAAUUUUUAUCAUGAACAUAUUCCCCUUGCUUGUUGUGGUGCUAUAAGUAUAAACUUUGAUGAUCAUUAAUUGGACACGGAUCGGCCCAUUCUUCUUUAAAUAUUGGGAAAUGCUGAAAUGAUGCUGGUUCCCCCAUUGAAACCACUCCCGACGAUCUAUUCAAUUUUUCUCAUACUCGGAAUUUAUUUUUGUCACGACAAAUAACGCAUCCUUUACAAAAAUGGGUCGUGUUAUGAAAGACAUGUGAUGCCUCUCACAGCCUCUAAUUUCCUUUUGUUCUGAUAGGCCCUAUUCCUAUUUCUGUCUUUCAUAGUGUGACAAGGGAAACGAACUUGUUCAAUAGUUUUCUUGAGUACCUACACGGCAAUCUCUUUGUCAAAAUAAGUUUAGACCACACCCUGCGCUUUUCACGGCCUUCAAUUUCCUUCGUUUUUUGAUCAUCAAACUGAGCGCCUACGCGGAUGGAUGAACUUUUCAUGAAAAGCUCUGCCUCUUUGGAAAUGUUCGUCUGUGUCUGACGAUGCCUAGCUUUCAUUUUCCUUGGUCCGGUUGAAAGAAAAGUUUGAUUGUGAUGUUUUUGUUUCUUAUCAAAUGCUUUAUAAUGUCAUUAAGUUAAAUAUUUUUUCAUAAAACCUCGAAUCGGACUUGACAUUAUGUCAUCCUGUAUGAUUAAAGAAGAAACUUGUGAAUUUUGAUGUCUUGAUAGGUCACAUUUCAAUGCAACAUCUUUCUGAAGGGGAACCCACUAAAUCACGAGUUUGCUUUUAGGGGAAGGGAAUUGAUUAGUUUUUCACUAAUUUCAUUAGAAAAGCCAUGACAGUGUGUUUGAACCUUUUUCUUAAUUCCUUUCAGAAGAAGUAAAAGACACAUUACUUUGUUUGAAGAGCAGAAGGGGAACUUUUUGAUAGUGGACGUAAUCAUAUACUUUUGUCUUCCCUCGUGUUCCCGCAAUUUGCCCACUUGAUUGCAUAAAUCCAGAUCGUAAGUUACAAUGAGUUUUCCACAAACAUUCUGGGAACUUUGACGGGUGUCUCUCUAGGUAAUGCCCCUCUAUUCCUUCUUUCAUGGCCAUGGGAAGCCCUUCCUUUCGCUUGAAUUGGGGACAGGUGUCUAUGGUUCCAAAGUCAAGUUCCCUGUGCCAGUUAUCUGUUGGCAUUUAGUUUUGAAAAUUGUUUUGAAGUUCUACAGGGUGAUGUGUUAAGCGUGUCUAUCCACCGUUUGAAGAAAGCGUAAAAGUUGAACUAUCAUGAAUAAAUUGUGAAUAGCAUAAGUGAGAAGUAUAUAAAAAUGUUUCUGAUGUAAAUCUAAGAAAAGCAGUAUUAAACUAUAGCAAUAAAUGCAUCGUCCAUUUUUUUUCUGGACGCCGGAAGAGAAAA